GGGAGAGAGCGAGCGGGGUAGGAGACACCUAUUGAUUAUAUAUCUAAAGGAUAUCUGUCUUCAUCGCCGCCCUGCCCUCUUCAAAGUUUAACUUGGGUGGGAAUGCUUGUAUCUUCUCCUGGACCAUUUGACGGUUUCCACUCCAGUCGCCGUUUGAUUUAGCAACUGGAAUCACGUUCUGAUCUAAUCUUUAAAAGAAAAAUCACCUACAGAGCUACUUUACAGAGUUGUUUUCUCCCGCCCGAGAAGGACAAAUGGACUUCGGAGUUAAGAUGCAGGGUGGUGAACCCGUGUCAACAAUGAAAGUCUCAGAGAGCGAAGGAAAGCUGGAGGGCCUGGCCACAGCGGUGACCCCGAACAACAAGAACAGCAGCAACAGCAGCUGUGGGGGUGGGAUCAGCAGCAGCAGCAGCAGCAGUAGCCGCGGUGGCAGUGCAAAAGGCUGGCAGUACAGUGAUCACAUGGAAAAUGUAUAUGGCUAUUUAAUGAAGUACACCAACCUUGUCACUGGGUGGCAGUAUAGGUUUUUUGUUUUAAACAAUGAAGCUGGACUACUGGAGUACUUUGUGAAUGAACAGUCUAGAAACCAAAAACCCAGAGGUACUUUGCAGCUGGCAGGAGCUGUAAUAUCACCCAGUGAUGAGGACUCUCACACCUUCACUGUAAACGCUGCCAGUGGGGAACAGUAUAAACUCAGAGCCACAGAUGCUAAAGAGCGACAGCACUGGGUUAGCAGGCUUCAGAUAUGUACACAGCACCACACUGAAGCGAUCGGAAAGAACAAUCCUCCUCUGAAGUCACGGAGCUUCUCACUUGCAUCGAGUGGUAAUUCUCCUAUAUCCCAGAGGAGACCUAGUCAAAAUGCCAUUUCUUUUUUUAAUGUUGGACAUUCCAAACUGCAAUCAGUGAGCAAAAGAGCCCAUUUGCCACCAGAUCAUCUUGUGGAAGUCAGAGAAAUGAUGUCUCAUGCCGAAGGACAACAGAGAGACUUAAUUAGACGAAUCGAAUGCCUUCCUACUUCUGGUCAUCUUAGUUCCUUGGACCAGGACCUCUUAAUGCUCAAAGCUACUUCCAUGGCAACUAUGAACUGCUUAAAUGACUGCUUUCAUAUUCUCCAGUUACAGCAUGCAUCACAUCAGAAGGGCUCAUUGCCUUCAGGAACGACAAUCGAGUGGUUAGAACCAAAGAUACCUUUAUCAAACCACUAUAAAAAUGGAGCUGACCAGCCCUUUGCAACUGAGCAGAGUAAGCCAGUGGCAGUCCCAGAAGAGCAGUCUGUUGCAGAGUCUGGACUACUAGCAAGGGAACCUGAAGAGAUAAGUGCGCAUGAUGAGAUGGAGGAUACUUGUGACGACAAGGAGGACGACCUGGGUGCGGUGGAAGAGCAGCGCAGUGUGAUCCUGCAUCUCCUGUCACAGCUCAAGCUAGGCAUGGAUUUAACGAGGGUGGUGCUUCCUACAUUUAUCUUAGAGAAGCGUUCCCUGCUGGAAAUGUAUGCAGACUUUAUGUCUCAUCCAGACCUCUUUCUAGCCAUCACGAAUGGAGCCACAGCCGAGGACAGAAUGAUUCGCUUUGUUGAGUACUACCUGACCUCAUUCCAUGAAGGCCGAAAGGGAGCCAUUGCUAAGAAACCAUACAAUCCUAUCAUUGGGGAGACUUUUCACUGUUCCUGGCGGGUUCCGAAAAGCGAGGUCGCCUGCAGUGUUGCUAGCAGCUCUCCCACCCCAGCAGUCACAAACCAUGCUCCUCUCUCAGAGGAGGCUCUGAGCCAGGCGGACUCAGACUGCUAUAUGGUGAGGUUUGUUGCUGAGCAGGUUUCCCACCAUCCUCCAGUCUCAGGAUUCUAUGCAGAAUGUGCAGAGAGGAAGAUGUGUGUGAAUGCACAUGUCUGGACUAAGAGCAAAUUCUUAGGCAUGUCCAUAGGUGUGACGAUGGUCGGAGAAGGUAUCCUCAGUCUCUUGGAGCAUGGAGAAGAGUAUACGUUUUCUCUACCUUGUGCAUAUGCCAGGUCAAUCUUGACAGUUCCUUGGGUAGAACUGGGUGGCAAAGUCAGUGUAAACUGUGCAAAAACGGGGUACUCAGCCAGCAUCACUUUUCAUACGAAGCCUUUUUAUGGUGGCAAACUUCACCGAGUUACAGCCGAAGUCAAGCACAACAUCACCAACACUGUGGUAUGCAGAGUACAGGGAGAGUGGAACAGUGUUCUUGAGUUCACUUACAGCAAUGGAGAGACGAAGUGUGUGGAUUUGACGAAAUUGUCAGUGACAAAGAAAAGAGUGAGACCUCUGGAGAAGCAGGAUCCAUUUGAAUCCAGGCGAUUAUGGAAAAAUGUGACCGACGCUCUGAGGGAAUCUGAAAUUGAUAAAGCCACAGAGCAUAAACGCUCCCUGGAAGAACGCCAGAGAACUGAGGAAAGGCAUCGAACGGAGACAGGCACACCCUGGAAAACACAGUAUUUUAUCAAAGAGGGAGAUGGCUGGGUUUAUCACAAACCCCUUUGGAAAAUAAUUCCAGCAGCACAAACAGCAGAGUGACACAUCUGUCUACAACCAAAGGAGGCUCUUCUCUGUUACCCCAGGCCCUCCAGAGUGGAGUCAUUGCACUGAGUGACCUGCUUCCCGACCGCACAGACCGAAGCUAGCUGAACACGAAUGUCCCUGCCAGGGCACCGGAGCACUGCAGCCAGACCACAGUGUUCACGGAGCACGACAGACCUCUCCGAACUGUUCAUGUGAUGUGAGCAAUACCAUCUUACAGCCUUUUUCCCGAUCGGUAGAUGACUAAGCCUUUUAUCUAGUUUCUUCUAAAGCUAAGUUUGAGUCCCCUAUUUUUGCACAGGGGCAGCAGAUUCCCAGAACAGUGAGAACUCAGUGACUUUGAUGUUCUUUAUAGUGAAAAGUGAAGUUUCAGAGUUUGUGUUUUGCUUUCUGUCCAUAACUGAAGUAUUUGCUACUCUUGUAAACCAACCAAGAGGAGGAGGAGGAAGAUGACCCAGAAGUGGAUUCAGCCAUUGUGCCUGAAAUCAGUGUUAAAAAGACCAUCCAGGUUGUGGUAACAAGGCAUUCUAUUUCUUCAGAAAGACUGUGUGCUUGAGUCUGAGGAACUUACCCAUAUCCACCUCUGUUGGAACUGUCUUUUACAAAGUAUAUUUAUAAAUUGAUUAGAA